UGCCACCCCCUGCAUUACAGCACCAUGAUGAGAAAAACAUUCUGCAGUAUGCUGGCUGCAGGUGUGUGGGGGCUCUGUGCCUUCAACACAGCCAUCCAAACUGGGCUGAUGCUCCACUUGAAUUUCUGUGGCCCCAAUGUGAUUACCCAUUUCUUCUGUGAGAUCCCACCUCUGCUACUUCUCUCCUGUAGCUCCACCUAUGUGAACAGUGUCAUGAUUGUCCUGGCUGAUGCCUUUUGUGACAUAUUGAACUUUCUGAUGACUGUUGUGUCAUAUGGUUUUAUCAUCUCUAGCAUCCUAAAGAUGAGGACCAAAGAGGGGAAGAAGAAGGCCUUUUCCACCUGCUCUUCCCAUCUCAUUGUGGUGUGCAUGUACUACACAGCUAUCUUCUAUGCCUACAUAAGCCCAGUCUCUAGCUACAGUGUAGAGAAGAGCAAGUUCGCUGGAGUGCUGUACACUAUGCUAAGCCCUACCCUGAACCCCCUCAUCUAUACCUUGAGAAACAAGGAGGUCAAAGCAGCCCUCAGGAAGCUUUCCCCCUUCUUCAGACACUAG